CCUUUUUAACGGACAUGUUAUGUUACCUCAUUUCUGUACUUUCGCGACGAUAAUGAUGCCCCGCUGUCUCUCACCCUAGAACAUGGAAAUGGCUGUCUCGCUCUCCGUCCGUCUCUUCGCGACGAACUCCAUUCCUUCCGCAGGUGGAACUGGAAGAUGUAACUACACUGAGAUUGCUGAGUGGUUUGAAUCGAUUGGUGUGGGACAGAGAGCGCUUCCGAUACGAGUAUUCACCGUGGGCAAGAAGAGAUCGCCUGCGGUGCAGCUACUAGUGGACGAGUACACCUCCAAGCUCCGACGUUAUUGCGCCGUCGAGGAUGUCCAAGUUCGCUCCAACCCUAGAAAUGCACGUGAGAAGCAGGCUCAAAUUGUCGAUGAAGAUGUGGCAGUCAUGAAUCUUAUUAAACCUGAUGAUUGGGUCGUGCUGUUGGAUGAGCAGGGGAUAGACAUUGAGUCAGAGGAGAUGGCUGAGUUGAUUGGUGGUGCUGCAGAUAAGGGAGCUUCAAAGCUAUCAUUUUGCAUCGGUGGACCUUAUGGUCAUGGACCAAAAUUGAGAGAACGUGCCAACAUAUCAAUCAAGUUAUCUUCCCUGGUCUUGAAUCACCAAAUUGCACUUGUUGUGCUGAUGGAACAACUCUACAGGUCAUGGACAAUCCUGAAGGGGCAAAAGUAUCAUCACUAGCCAUUCCACCUGCGUAUCUGAGGUUGUUACUUAUGUGGGGAGUGGACUUUUUAUGUUCAGCACAUCCUAUGCAUUCUUAAUUUCUCACAUCUAUGUCGAUUUCAUAGACUUAAGGUAGUGCACCAUUCUCAAAGCUGGACCUGUCAGUGGUUUACUACAACUUGUAGUUUCGUACCAGCACCUCUGCAAUCUCACGAAUUUGGGUGUAGGGUUCAUCUUCUGCAGGAACGUACAUACAGAGAAAGAAACGCUCGACAGAGUGCAUGGAGCUGUAGAACUGCCUUCCAUGCUUUGUUUUGUUCGCCUUUCGCAGCCAAUUUUAAGGACAUACUGGUUGGGCGACUCGCUGGUUG